GACUCAUCCACCACGGUCAUGUCCUCCGGUGCACUCAACGAGCCUAUUGCGGAUAGGGAGUCUAUUCACAAGUCGUGCAGGUCGCUCGAAGCCGUUGUCAACGUGCUCAAUGACUACUGCGAGGCCGCAAAUGCGAUCCUAACUCUGCAGCGGAAGCUCGUCAAGGCCUUGCGAGAUGCGGCGGCGGCGAAGUGUGUGCCUGAGAUACCAGCGAACGCGCUGAACGUGAGCGCGACCAUCUUCGACACGCUCUGCGAAGUGGACGCAAAGUUCGUCAAGCUCGCCGACAAGGAGUGCGACGCGGUCAGUGCGGAGGUCAAGAAAUGGUUCAAGAAGCUCGCUAAAGAAGAGCGUGCGUACGACGAUCGCCUCGCCAACGCCAACGCCAAGCUCAAGCAAGCCGGGCAACUGUACGAGAAGAAGGCCAAGAAGAACCCGCAGGACGCGGCCGACGAGCAUGCGCGUUACAUGAACAUCCUGACCACUCUGGGCCCCGAGAUCAACCAGGAGAAGUACAAUCACUCGCUUAUGGUGACGCGUAGGCAUCACUCGACGAUACACAGCUUGGCCGCCAGUCUCUCUCGCGUGGCGGACGCAGAAUGGCUUCGUUCCUGCGAGGGCGUGCGACGCUCUGCUCCUACCAUCGGACAGCUCGGCGAAUGGCGCGUCUACUGCGAGGGUGGAUGGUCAGGCCCGCUGCCUGCAGACCUACCGAACGGCGAGGCUCCUGAUCGUCCCGACCGCUCUGUGACGCCGAUUGCCCAAGGACGCGCCGUGACACCGAGCAUGGAAAAGUCGCCGCAAGGUCCCAGUACUCCGAUGUUGGAGAAGCCUGCGCCCGAAUAUUCAUCGCGUCGUCCGAGCGAGCAGGAGACAGAUGCAUCUUCACGAGCCGUCACGCCGUCGCACGACUCGUCACCCGCUCCGCCGCAGUAUCACCCUGCGAAGACGAUAGCUGAUGACUCUGUCAGGUCCCUGGCAUCUCUGUCGUCCUUCCCCUCACCGCCUACACAUUUCCCUAUGCCACCUCUUGCGAAGGCCGAGGCUAGCUCUCCGGUGAAGGAGACGAGGCCCGAGUCCCCUCGCGGACCACGUACACCAUCUGAAAUUCUCUUCCAGCGCAGGACAGAGUCACCUAUCCCGCUCGCGCCGUCCGAGACAUCACGCCCCCUACCAUCCCCCGCCGCUCAACGCGCCGAACCUGCUGCCAUUGCCACAUCGGUUCCUGUUGAGACUAAUGGCAAGGCCGUCGACGGGAACGCUACGCAGCAGGGAUCAGAUUCGCAGCACUCGAUUGCGCCGGAGAGUCCGGAGAGUCGAGAAUCGCACGAGCGGCAUGAGGCAAAGACCCCGUCCCCAGUGCUUACGCGCGCUGCGAGCAAGAAGAUCAAGUUUGAGAGUGCAGCAGUUUCAUCAGGUCCGACUAGUUCGAUCGGUGGAUCUUCGCAAGGCGGUGACCAUGUUGACGACGGUGAAUUCGGCGCCCUCAGACCUAGGGAAGAAAAGCGGCCGCGACAAGGUGGACCCGUCGACGCGCAGACCUCGCAGCCGAUCGAGCGGAGCGACACUGGCAUGAGCAACGGCAGCGUAGUGGCUGCCCUGCGUGAUCGAUAUUCACGGAUACCCGAACAACCUACGUCGCCUCGUAAGGAGGUGCCAAGGUCACCGACGAGCGUAUCUAAGAUCGCGAACAAAUACGAGCCCAUCGACGUUGCCCCGACUUCUCCGCGGCUCCCACCUACCUCGCCCGCUGCAGACCGCCGUCACCGAGAGGUGGGCGUGUGA